CGCCGCCACUGCCGCGCGCUGUGGUGGAGCGAGUCAGCUGAUGGAGGGCUUUGUCACGAGGGCGGAUUGCUCAGUCAUCUCCUUCAUAUCAAGAAGCAGCCAGCCUCCGUCCUGCAAAAGGGCUCUGUGAGCGGGUCAGAGCCGGACCAGCUUGCCUUCUUUUUUUUCCCUCCUCCUCCUCCUCCUCCCUCUCUGUUGCAUCCAGGAUGGGGCUCCGCGCUCUCGUGCUGCUCCUCUCCGUGGCUGCAGCCUCUUCGGCGCUGAUCAGAAUCCCACUGAAGAAGUUCCCUUCUGCGCGUAGUAUCUAUGCUGAAUAUGGAACUGACCUCCAAGACCUGGAUAAGUUGGGAGAAAUGCUGAAAUACAAAUAUGGGGGUCCAGGUGCAGGUACGCCUACCCCAGAGACUCUGAAGAAUUACAUGGAUGCACAGUAUUAUGGAGAAAUUGGCAUUGGAACACCACCACAAAAAUUUACUGUGGUCUUUGAUACUGGAUCAUCCAACCUCUGGGUACCCUCUGUCCACUGUCACUUGUUGGAUAUUGCUUGCAUGCUACAUCAUAAAUAUGAUUCUUCCAAAUCGAGCACAUAUGCGCAAAAUGGCACAAAGUUUGCCAUCCACUAUGGUACCGGAAGCCUCUCAGGAUUUCUCAGCCAAGAUAUUGUAACGAUUGGUGACAUAGCUGUCAAGAAUCAGUUAUUUGGAGAAGCUACCUCAGAGCCUGGCAUCACAUUCCUAGCUGCUAAGUUUGAUGGCAUCCUUGGCUUGGCAUUCCCCAAGAUCUCUGUGGAUAAAGUGACUCCUUUCUUUGAUAAUGCAAUGAAUCAGAAGCUAUUGGACAAGAACAUGUUUUCCUUUUUUCUAAACAGAGAUCCAUCAUCAUCACCUGGAGGGGAAAUAAUUUUUGGAGGAGUAGACCCAAGGUACUACAGUGGAGACUUCAACUGGGUGAAUGUCACUCGCAAAGCUUACUGGCAGGUGCACAUGGAUAGGGUUGAAGUUCCCAGUGGUCUGACGGUGUGCAAAAAUGGUUGUGAAGCCAUUGUAGACACAGGAACCUCUCUCAUUACAGGCCCAACAGAGGAAGUCAAGGCUCUGCAGAAAGCCAUUGGAGCUAAGCCCAUCAUUAAAGGACAGUAUAUACUUCCCUGUGAAAAACUUGCCACCCUUCCCACUGUGUCCUUUGUCAUGGGAGGAAAACCUUAUUCUCUCAGUGCAGAUCAAUAUGCCUUGAAGGUUACUGUACAAGGAGAAACUCUUUGCUUGAGUGGAUUUUCAGGCUUAGAUGUUCCUCCACCCGGAGGACCUCUUUGGAUCCUGGGAGACGUCUUCAUUGGCCCCUAUUACACAGCGUUCGAUCGGGAUAAUGAUUCAGUCGGUUUUGCAAAGUGUACCGGCAAAGUGUGAAUGCUUCUGGUCACCACCUCCCAUAGUCUUUUUACAAGAUGCACUCCUAAAUAAGCACACUGGGGUUUUCCAUUGUGAUUUAUUAGCAUUAGGAAAAAUCAGAGACAUGCAAAGGAAAGAAACCUUUUAAAAUAUUAAUGAAAACAAUCAUAGAUUUUAUUUUUUAAAACGAGACUAGUUUUUCAGGAAUUUUAUUUUCCUGCCCCCUAAAUAACAGAUCAUAGAAAUUGUCCAGUAAAAUCAAGAAAACUGAAAAGUCUCAGCAUUGUACAUGCUCUCCUAACAUCAAGCUACUUGAAACACUAGCAGUCUAUGUACUUUUCGAGCAUAAAAGCUGUAAAUCCUUAAUUCAGGGUAAUAAAUUAAUGUGUUAUCUUCAUACCAAAAAAACAACACAUACACACACACACAAAUUAAGCAAGCCAGUAACAUAGCAAAUUGAGUGUUCCAUAGUUGGCGAUAGCGGAAGUGCUAGGUGGCUGGAUGGUUACUAUUUAAUUUUACAUUUGUUUCAGUCCCCGAUUUGGAAGAUGUAUUGGCUAUAUUUCCCAUAACAUUCAUGGGGGAGGGGGGUGGUCUAAGACUAAAAGGUCCUGGUUUACCAGUUUUGCAAAGCAAGCAGCAAUUGUGGCUCUAGCUAAUUGAGAAUUAAUAGCAAAUAAUAUUCAUAGUGGGUGGAGGGAGGAGUAUUUCUAUACCACAUGACUAAGUUCCCCAGCUCACUCUUUUUUAAAAAAUGCCCAUAGUUGAAACUUUGGCCUGAGCAAAUCUAUUCCAGGGUUGAUUUAGUUUCACCAAUGUCUUGUAGACUUUCUCUUUAAAUCCACAACUCCUUUGUAUUUCCCAAGGUCUUGUUUUUUUGUUUUUUGAGGGAGGGAGAAGAGGGCUAUAAAGAAAAGUGUCCUUGUUAUGGUUUUUCCCACUUCUUCAAAACCACAAUGUAUCUCAACAGAGAAUUUUUUAAAGCCCUUCUAGAUAAAUGUGGAUUUGAAGAAGCAUCUAAAAACAUUCUGCUUUUAAAGAUCACAUUUUUCUUUAAGCUACAUAAUCACUUCAGUAACUCCCCACCCCCAGUAUUAUUUCUAUUGUGAAGAAGAAGAACAAUAUUGUGAUUAGCUCUGUAAAACAUGCACUGUUUUGAAAAGUUUGUCUAGGAACCUUGUUGCUCUCCACAUGCAGACUUUUGUUGUUGGAGAUCUAGAGAUGAACAAGCUCAGUAUUAGACUUGAACUCCUGUUUUGGCCUGGCUGCGGAGUAGCUGUUCAGAGCAGGGAGGGAUGUUAGGUAGCUAGUAAGUUAAAUAGAAUUGUAUGAAUAUUUGCUUGAUGGAAGAAAUUUUUAAGCCCCUCUUAGAUUAUUUUGCAAUAUCCCAUGAUACUUGGAUCCAGGCCCAAGGUUGUGACAGCAUGGAUAACAGAGAGGAAACCUCUUGAGAUUAAAAGAACACAAGGCUGUUUGAUGUACAGCCAACAGCACUUCAGUGAAUAUAUUCUCUGAAACUAAGUGAAAAUUCUGCACUUGCAAAACAAUGCCGGAGGAAAGCUUGUGAAAGCAGGGGAGUAGAAUAUACCAGGAAUUUCUGCAUAGCUUUAUGACUACUAAAUGCUUAUCCACUGAAUUAAAUAUUUCAGAUCUUGACUAGCAAUCAUGAUGCCUUGAAGUCUCCAAAGAAUUAGAUGGGAUGCCCAUUAAGAUCUGUAAAUACCUGGUUAGGUUUCUCAGAAAGAUUCUGCCACUCAAAUAAUAGUAUGCUUGCAAAUAUUUCUUAGACUGAGAUGCAUCCAUAAAUUAUAUCAUGUUCCAAAUUACUCUGAGAUGUAAUGAAAUGCUUUUCUCUAAACUCUGCUUGGUGCUUCUCUCUUCUAAUGCCCUUCAAUCAUGACUGCCAAAAUAAGUUUUCAUUUGAAAGUAUAACAUGCAAACAAAUAUUCACAGAGCCAUUAGUUUACACCAAGUGCCCAUGGCUCUUUAAGACAGAAAGUGUACCAAAAUGUAUUUUAACACCAUCAGGAGUCCAUUUUAUUCUCCUGAACACAAUUAAAAUACCAUAAAAUUAAGAAGUAUCUCCAUAGUCCUGAAUUGAUAAAAGAGGAAAGUAAGUAUACCACAGAUUUUGGGAGGUGUUUUUUUUAACAGGAUUGGUUUAUUUUGAAUGCAAAUUCGGCUAUUAGAUCAGUAGUUUGCUACCAUUCCCCUGUUUUGCUUGCUUUUCAUAAAUAAGUGGAAUGCUGUUACACUCUCUUGUUGUUGGAGUAAUACAGUCUGCUGUCAUAUCUGUUCUCAAUUUGUUAUUGAAAUGAAAUAAAGAUUUUGUUCCCCACCACCA